AUGUAUAGUGAAAAAAGAACAGAACUGAGAAUGGACCCCUGUGGCACCCUUAAGGACAGUGGGGAAGCAGAGAGGACUAAGGAUCUCAUUGAAGACCAGACCUGCUUUUUGAAACCUAACAGAGAUUUAAGGCCAAAGCACACUAAUGUGGUUUUCCUCAAGACUCACAAAACUGCCAGCUCCACAAUGCAGAACAUGCUAUUCCGCUUUGCUGAACGCCAUAACCUCACAGUGGCUAUACCAAAAGCCGAUUUCCAGUUUUCUUACCCAAACCGAUUUCAGGCCUCUUCAGUUCAUCCGUACACUUUACCACCCAAUAUCAUCACAAACCAUAUGAGGUUCAACAAGAAAGAAUUGAAGAAAUUAAUGCCUCCGGAUUCAGUUUACAUCACCACCAUGAGGGAAACUAGUGCAAUGUUUGAAUCCUUGUUCGUCUACUGCUAUGUAUCCUCGCAAAGUAUCCGUAGGGUUCCUAAUAGAUCACUAGAAGUCUUUUUGGAAAAUCCAUUCAAGUACUACCACCCGACUGAAAACGAUUCCAUGUACGCACGAAAUUGUUUGACUUUUGACCUGGGGGGAGACAAGGAUAGUACCGACAUAGACUACGCUCGGGAGUUAGCAGCCGAAGUAGAGAAGACAUUUUCACUGGUCAUGAUUUCCGAUUAUUUUGACGAAUCGCUCAUAUUGUUACGCCACCUCCUAAAUUGGGAUUUUGAGGAUAUUGUCUAUUUUAAAGCCAAUAUGAGAUCCGAAAAAGCGAAGAAGAGGAUUACUCCUGAGCUUUCUGCCAAGAUCCGUGCCUGGAACUCAAUUGAUGCCUAUCUUUUUGACCACUUCAAUGCCUCAUUAUGGCGGAAGCUCAAUGCAAUAGGCUUGAAGUGCGUCGCCAGAGAGAUACAGUUGUUACAGCAAGCUCAGCAAAACCUGGCAAAGAUCUGUUUUGGUGAAGAAGCACCUAGACUUAAGUCUGCCUCUAAGAUUAAAAACACUAAUUUGAAACCAUGGCAACCAGGAGAUGUGGAGGUAGUGGGUUAUGAACUCGUCUCCAACUUGACUCUGGAUACCCGUAGACUUUGUACUAAGCUCACGAUGCCAGAGCUGCAGUACACAAGCGCAAUACAGGAAGCCCAGUCGAAAAGAUACUUGAGGAAACAAUCUUAA